AAGUGAUCGAGUCCUUCUUCUCCCCCAGAAAGCGGAGGCUGUCAGAGAGGGACCGCUCGGUGCUGUUGCACUCUGACACGCAACAAUAUGCGGAUUUAUCGCCUCUAAAAGGCUUAAUUUUACAUUUAAUCCUUCUUACGAAAUUUCAGAUGGUGUUAGUCAGGCUUCUUUGGGCAUGUUUGGGUAACUUUGCAGCGAGCUCAAUGGUUAGCUUGGUUAGCUAAUUGGCGUCCCCCUCCGCCAGACACCACAUUCCAAACAAAACCAUCCCACCAAGGCAUCUUGAGGUGUCGACCGAAUUGAGAAAGCAGCGAAAUGGACAAGAUUUUGGGCAGCAUCAGUCCUGUCGGCGCCGGUACGGUAAACAGGCCCGACGACAUCCCCGGGCUUUCCAGUAUGUCUUUACCGGAUAUGAGCAUCCAGCCGGCCCACUGCAGGAACCUCGUCUCCCCUGGACCCGCGACUGUUCUCUCGCCUGUCACCAAUCUGGCCAUGGACAUGAACAAAUUAAUAGGACUUGGAAGCCAGUGUGAUACACCGAAGAGGAGGAAACAUGCUCCCCUGGAGAAGGUUGCCUCCUUUGCCUCAGACGUCUCCUGUGAUUCUGGCCUAAGCGUGGAUUCUCUCAGCCCCGUGGAUGCUCUGGAAAUGGAGGACUCGUUCGAGAAAGCCAUUCAACAGUCCAGUCGAGUCAACGACAAGAUGCCGAUUCGACGAAACAACUCCUUACCACUGCAGCUCCUGUGCUUCAGCCCGUCCCUGAAAGGACAAGAAACUGACCCAGAUCGCUACGGAAUAUUCGGCCAACAGCACCCCCACGUCGACCCAGCCACUGCCUCGCAGUUGGACAACAAAGAGAAUAUCGCCCAGGAGUGCUUUGAGUUCAAGAAACCAACCGAGCCCGUGGCCCGCAGCCGCCUUCACUCCUUCAACAGCGGCCCAUCAAAGGACGCCUUUGCCCACCGCCCCAACUCGGCGCCGGCCCUCAUGCUGGACAACAACACCAGCCCCUUGUUUCUCAGACGUUCCUCCCUCACUUCUGCCCUCGAUGAUGAUGAUGAUGAUGGCUUCCUGGAUGUGCUGGAUGACAACAUGGAGAACACCUCGGACAUGCCCAAGGGAAUGGCCAGUCUGCUCACAGCGCCCCUAGUGGCCGACAGCAUGGGAGAAGAUGUGCCUGUGAUCCGCUGUCGACCCCGCAACCUAUUCCGCUCCCCCUCCAUGCCCAGCCCGGUGUCCCGCAACUCCGGGAAGCGUCCCGAUUGCCUCAGAGAUGAAAACACGCCCGUGCGGGUGAAGCGGCGCCGCAGCCUGGCUGGGUCUGAUGUCACCGAGCCUGGGCAAGAUUCCCACUCCCCCAAAGUGGCUUGCUUGCAGCUGCAGAGGUCCAUGUCCUGCCAGAUGGAGAUAGAUAAAGUCCUGGACAUUGACGGGUCUGUCCAGCUAAUUGGAGACUUUACCAAACCCUUUGCACUGCCAACAGUGGACGGCAGACAUCAAGACCUCAAAUAUGUUACGUCGGACACAGUGGUUUCGGCUCUGACAGGUAAGUUUGAUCACCUCGUAGAGCGUGUCCUCGUCAUCGACUGCCGCUACCCCUACGAGUAUGACGGAGGGCACAUCAAGGGCGCCUUGAACCUGUACCUGGAGGACCAGGUGCACGACUUCCUUCUGCGUGCACCCAUGGUCCCGUCCUGCCCAGACAAGCGCAUCAUUAUCAUCUUCCACUGCGAGUUCUCCUCGGAACGCGGGCCGCGGAUGUGCCGCUUUGUGCGGGAGCAGGACCGCACCAUAAACGAUUAUCCCAAACUCCACUACCCAGAACUCUACAUCCUGAAAGGAGGGUACAAGGAAUUCUUCCCGCUUUUCCAGACGCAGUGUGAGCCCGAGUGCUACCGGCCCAUGAUGGACGAGGACUUCCGUGAGGACCUGAGGAAGUUCCGCUUGAAGAGCCGCUCGUGGGCCGACGAGCGCAGCAAGCGAGACAUGUACAGUCGGCUGAAGAAGCUGUGAGCGCCACCCCUCCGCUCCUUCCUAAUUUUUUUCUUGUUUUAAUGCAAACUCAGCUAUUCACAUUUAGAGCAGCACGUUGAAUGAAGCAAUAAUUGCCGUGUUCCGUACAUCCUUAUGUCUCAGGACCCAGACCCACCCUGCCAUCCCCCACCUUGACUAGCACUUAAUGCAACCACCUAAAUCAAAAAAAGUGCUUGCUUUUGUUUUUUUGUUUUUUUAUAUAUAUAUAUAAAUACUGCCUUUUUAUGUAAAUUUUUAACAUCCUUAUUUGGUAUGAUUUCUGCAUAACAAAAAUAUCAACCACACCAUUUUAAUAAGCGUGGGGCUUUAUAUUUGUAUUUUAUCUCCCCCACCCCCAAACCAGCCGUUCAUCUCUGAUCACUGCACCAUAUUUUUGUGCUUACGGUCUAGUAAAAACCACAUACACCAAAGCAACUUGCAGUGAGAUUUGUUGACGUCCUGCAGGACAGCAAGCGUUUUACAGGAUGUUUUUAUUUUUAUUUUUCCUCCGGAAUGAGACUAAACAUGUCUGCCAAAAUGUGUGAUUUUGUUGAGUACUUUGGGCACACAGUUCUCAGGAGAGCUGCUGAAUAAAAAUCCAAGGUGUGUUCAGUU